CAUGACGGUAACGUUUCUCCGUUUUUAAGUCAAAUGAUUUCAAACAGUAUAACCAGUGGGCAGUAGUUUACUGCUAAACUACCACUGUUAUUGUACUGGUAAUUUUGUUAGCUAACGACUUUCUAUUUGGCGCCGGGAUGCGCGGUAGACUUGCUGACUUGCCUGUCCUCAUCUGCUCAUCUCAGUGUUAACUUUGUCAACCCUGUCCCCCGGUCAAAGCCCUCCGUUUCGUGAUCAACGGCUGAUGCUUCUCCAGUCCAAAGCCCAGGCAAGACAAGAUGCCUUCUCCAGCUGUAGGCUUGACCGCCACGUGUCACUCUCAGGCAGCCGUUGACCUCAAUUAGCCCCCCCUUAAUCAGCGGCUACAGGAGGUCUCCUCCAGCUGCCAUUAAAUAAACUAACAACGUUAACAGCAUGAGACAGUGCAAGCAAAGUGGAAGAUGAUGGCACACUGAAAGAUCAGUUGUUCUUGCAUUUGUAAUUAGCUGCAGCGUCCAAAUGCAUCCAACAAAAUAUACUAUUUUUUUUUCUUCCAGAGAUGGGUCACAAAUCAUGACAUCUACUACUUUAUAAUCACUCACCUGAAGAAUUAGGACAAGUAUUAAACUUGAGCUGCAGAGUCAAACCUAGAGUGAUUAACCACCUCUCCUCCCUCUUCUCUCUCCUCUCCUUCUCACUCCCUUUGUCUUGCAGUCCUCUAGCUGCUCUGUUCCUCUCUCCUUCCUGCAAGGGAACAGGAAGAGCAAGCAAGAUUGAAGAACAGGAGCAGACAGAGCUUAGAUUGGACCAUGAUCCCAAGAUGUGAAUUCUUGGAGCUUCUUUAUUAUAUGAUCAUGAGCUAGCUGCAACCGGCUGAUCGAUCGAUCGCCAACCACCACCUUGUCCUGUCUCGAGGCAUGGCCUGGGGGAGCAGGAGCAGAGCGGUGAUACCACUGCUCGUGCUGUGUGUGAUCCUCUUGUCGCGGUCCGAGAACGCCGCCGCGCGGCGCUGCGGCGCCGGCGACCUCGCCGCGCUGCGGGGGUUCUCGGCCGGCCUCGACGCCGCGGUGGACGGCUGGCCAAUCGCCAACGCGUCGGACGACGGGUGCUGCGACUGGCCCGGAGUUGCGUGCGAUGCGGCGGCGGGGGGAGGCACGGCCGCCGUCGUCGGGCUGGUGCUGCCCAACCGGACGCUGCAGGGGGAGGUGUCCGCGUCGCUCGCCGGCCUCGCCGCGCUCCGGGUGCUGAACCUCUCCAGCAACGCGCUCCGGGGCGCGAUCCCAGCGGCGUUGCUCAGGCUCCGGAGCCUCGAGGUGCUCGACGUCAGCGCCAACGCGCUCGCCGGUGGGCUGGGCGCCGCCGCCGGGGUGGAGAUCGAGCUCCCGGCGGUGCGCGUGUUCAACGUCUCGGGAAACGCGUUCAACGGCAGCCACCCGGUGCUCGCCGGCGCCGCUAACCUGACGGAGUACGACGUGUCGGGCAACAGCUUCGUGGGCCCCGUCGAUGCUGUCGCCCUGUGCGGCGAGUCGCCGGCGCUGCGCGUCCUGCGGCUCUCCAUGAAUAGGCUCUCCGGUGCGUUCCCCGUGGGGUUCGGGCAAUGCCGGUCGCUCACCGAGCUCUCCCUCGACGGGAACGGCAUCGGCGGCACCCUCCCCGACGACCUCUUCGGCGCGGCGUCGCUGCAGUUCCUCAGUCUCCACACCAACGCCAUCUCCGGCGAGCUGUCGCCUCGCCUGCGCAACCUCAGCAGCAUCGUCCGCCUCGACCUCUCCUUCAACGCCUUCUCCGGCCCGCUCCCCGACGUGUUCGACGCGUUCGCCGAUCUCCAGGAGCUCUCUGCGCCCUCCAACAAGCUCUCCGGCGAGCUCCCCACGCUCUCGCGGUGCCGCCGCCUCCGCGUGCUCAACCUCCGGAACAACUCGUUCGCCGGCGACAUCGGCCUCGACUUCCGCUCGCUCAGGAGCCUUGCCUACCUCGACCUCGGCGUCAACAGCUUCACGGGCCCCAUCCCGGCGAGCCUCCCUAAGUGCAGGGGCAUGACCGCGCUCAACCUCGGCCGGAACAAGCUCACCGGAGAGAUACCGGCGUCCUUCGCCAACUUCACCUCGCUGUCCUUCCUCUCGCUCACCGGCAACACCUUCUCCAACGUGUCGUCGGCGCUCCGGACGCUGCAGAGCCUCCCCAACCUGACGAGCCUGGUGCUCACUAAGAACUUCCACGGCGGCGAGGAGAUGCCGUCGGACGACGCCGGCAUCGCCGGUUUCCCCAGCAUCCAGGUGCUCGUCAUCGCCAACUGCGAGCUCCACGGCGCGAUCCCGUCGUGGAUCGCCGGACUUCGGAAGCUCAGAGUGCUAGACCUGUCGUGGAACCGGCUCGCCGGCCCGAUCCCACCGUGGAUUGGGCAAUUGGACCGCCUUUUCUACCUCGACAUAUCGAACAAUUCCCUCCAGGGAGAGAUACCGGGCAGCCUGACGCGGAUGCCGGGGUUCAUCGCCGCCGGCACCCACGGCGGCGGCGACGACGAAGACGCGAGGGUGCAGGACUUCCCGUUCUUCAUGCGGCGGAACACGUCGGUGCAGGGGCGGCAGUACAACCAGGUGGACAGCUUCCCGCCGUCUCUGUUUCUGAGCCACAACAACCUCACCGGCGGCGUGCCGGCCGCGCUGGGGGCGCUGACCAAGCUGCACAUCGUUGACCUGAGCUGGAACAAGCUGUCGGGCUCCAUCCCGCCGGAGCUGUCGGGAAUGACGAGCCUCGAGUCGCUGGACCUGUCGCACAACUCGCUCUACGGCGUCAUCCCGGCGUCGCUCACGCAGCUCAGCUUCAUCUCCCACUUCGACGUCUCGCACAACAACCUCUCCGGCGAGGUCCCCGUCGGCGGGCAGUUCUCCACGUUCUCGCGCGCGGACUUUGAGGGGAACCCGUUUCUCUGCGGAAUCCACGUGGCGCGGUGUGCGCGGAAGGACCCGCCGCAGGCGGAUGGCGGCGGCGGCAAGGAGCGGAGCGCCACCAGUGCCGGCGUCGUGGCGGCGAUCAGCGUGGGCACGGCGUUGCUCCUCGCCGUGGCCGCGGCGGUGACGUGGCGGGUGUGGUCGAAGCGGCAGGAGGACAACGCCAGGGUGGCGGCCGACGACGGCAGCGGCAGCCUCGAGUCGGCGGCGAAGUCGACGCUGGUGCUGCUCUUCCCGGACGAUGACGGCGACGGCGACGGCGGCGAGCGGACGAUGACGGUGGAGGACGUGAUGAAGGCGACGCGCAACUUCGACGAGUCCCGCAUCGUGGGUUGCGGCGGCUUCGGGAUGGUGUACCGCGCGACGCUCCCCGACGGGCGCGAGGCGGCGGUGAAGCGCCUCUCCGGCGAGUUUUGGCAGGUGGAGCGCGAGUUCCGCGCCGAGGUGGAGACGCUGUCGCGCGUGCGCCACCGCAACCUGGUGCCGCUGCAGGGCUACUGCCGCGCCGGCAAGGACCGCCUGCUCAUCUACCCCUACAUGGAGAACGGCAGCCUGGACCACUGGCUCCACGUGCGGCAGCCGGGCCCCGGCGCCGCCGCCGCACUGCCGUGGCCGGCGCGGCUCGGCGUGGCGCGCGGCGCGGCGCGCGGGCUGGCGCACCUGCACGCCUCGUCGGAGCCGCGCGUGCUCCACCGCGACAUCAAGUCGAGCAACAUCCUCCUGGACGCGCGCAUGGAGCCGCGGCUCGCCGACUUCGGCCUCGCCAGGCUCGUGCUCCCGGCGGACACGCACGUGACCACCGACCUCGUCGGCACGCUCGGGUACAUCCCGCCGGAGUACGGGCACUCGUCGGUGGCCACCUACCGCGGCGACGUGUACAGCCUCGGCGUGGUCCUGCUGGAGCUCGUCACGGGGCGGCGGCCCGUGGACAUGGCGCGGCCGGUGGGCGUCGGCCGGGACGUGACGUCGUGGGCGGUGCGGAUGCGGCGGGAGGGGAGGGGCGAGGAGGUGAUCGACGCCAGCGUCGGCGAGGGGAGGCACCGGGAGGAGGCGGCGAAGGUGCUGGGCGUGGCGUGCGCCUGCGUCAGCGAGAACCCCAAGGCGCGACCGACGGCGCAGCAGGUGGUGGAGUGGCUCGACGCCAUCGCCGCCUCGGCCGAGCUCGUCCACCCACACCGACCAGCCACAACGUAGAUAGAUGGUUGUAACUAGCCGAGAUGAAAGUUGUAAUGCAAUUCGAGAUUGAACAAGGCUUCUUCUAAAAUUGAAGUUUUGAGGUACAUAACAAGUGUAUUGACCAUUUUAACACACUGAUCGUGCUCAUGCAGUAACUGCUGACACUGUAACAUCAGUGCGUGUAUAUACAUGUAUAGCUUAUAUAUAGUGUGAUUGAAUGUUGAAACCACAGUUGUAUGA